AUGUACAGUCAGUCCAGCCGUGCGCCUACAGUGGCUGUUUUGUUCCAGGAUAUUGACCCCCCAAUCAUCAAUGGGGUACGCAAGCCUCGUAAACCUGGCGGCUAUCAAGACUCCGGAGCUGAUAUCGUUUAUACACUCCAAUCGAAAGGCAUCAAUAUCGUCACACCAGACCCUUCGCCACGAGUCUUCAAGAAUGAAGGCUGGUGCUUCCCCGAUACAGAAGAGGGCAUCUACUCCGCCGUGAAAAGCGGCGCUACCCAUCUCUGGGCUAACACCAUCCUCUUCGAUUCCCAUCCACUCCAGAAAUCUGAAAAAUUAACUCCUUACGCCUCGGAUCUGCGUGUCGUGGGCCAGCCACCCGGGAUGGUGGAGAAUUUCGACGACAAAGCGUAUCUCAAUGGUAAACUGGGAGAACUCGGUGGCUACACCCUCCCACGUUCAUGGCUUCUCUCAAAAUCCGAUGACUUUGAGGCGCUGGUUAAAUCUAUUGACCGGUUCCCCGUGGUGGGUAAGCCCGUUCGUGGACGUGGAAGCCAUGGCGUCAAACUUUGCCAUGACCAAACUCAAUUGAGGGAGCAUCUCACAGCAUUACUGGGAGAGUCACCGCUGGUCAUGCUUGAGGAGUAUCUUGCUGGUGAGGAAGCGACUAUCACUGUUAUGCCACCUUCUCCUGAGCGACCGGAGCAUUGGAGUACACUUCCAGUUUCGCGAUACAAUCACGCAGACGGCAUCGCUCCAUACAAUGGUGUGGUGGCGGUGACUGCAAACUCGUGUGUGGCAACAGAAGAGGAUAUGAAGGACCCUGCAUAUGGGAAGGUUAUGAAGGAAUGCGAGCAGGUUGCUAAACUCAUCGGUGCAACUGCACCGAUUCGGAUUGAUGUGCGCCGAUUCCAUGAGGGUUCCGGGUUUGCAAUUUUUGAUAUCAACAUGAAGCCGAACAUGACAGGCCCCGGUCGUCCGGGGCGAGAAGAUCAAGCGAGUUUGACUGCAAUGGCAACGGCCGCGAUGGGCUGGGAUUAUGGCACUCUUUUGCAGAAGAUUCUUGCCAGUGCCCAACUUCUAAGUACAUUCCGUGCUUACCGUAGUCCGUUCUAG